AUCAAUCAAUCAAUCAAUCGCAUCUUCGUUCGACAUGAAGGCAAACACGAAGUCCAGCUUGUUUCGUGUCGCCAUAGCCGCCGUGCUGCUCUUAGUUGUUGUUGUUGUGUUGCCUGGUUCAUGUCACGGCGUCGUGAGACCGCUCGAUUGUUACGGAGAUUGCAUGGACAGAUGUUUCGAAAGGCCGCUGAUUUGUUCUCCACAUUGUCACAGUGAAUGCGGCCAGGAUGUCACUUCACAUUCCAAGAAAAAUGAUAUGAUGUUGGUGAUAUCGACGAACCACAAAGGCACGGCUUUCCCGAAGGCUGCGUAGCCAACGCAACCGCAGAGGAGGUAGAAAAGGGUGGUGAUUGUGAUCCCACGAAACUUGCCCUCUUC